CUCGUGCAAACCCUAGAAUUAUUGGUGGGAUGUGUCCUUCAUAGUUCUUUGGAGGUUGACGAUCUACCACGACAACUACAUCUCUAAGCACAAAGAAGCUCCGCACCUCUCGCAGGUCCACGCCUCUGAUCGAUUGCUAGCUUUGCUCCUGAUUCCGCGGUGAAGAAGCUCAGCAGUUGCUUGCAGUAGUGAGUGUAUCAGACAAUAAAGAACAAUAAAGCGUUGCGUUCCUAUCACUGAGCGAUGGAUUUGAACACCUUCAGACUGCAACACAUUUUGCAUUUGCUCAAACUGUGCCUUCAAGCUGUAGCAACCACCGGUUCAUCACCUGCUCAGAUAAUGACGAGUUUUGGCUGCUCAAAUGGAGCUGCCAAUCUGCCUGCCCACCUACCCAAUCGUUUAGUUUAAGGAAGACAAUUACUGUGGUGAUUCAGACACUGAUAGAACAACAACAUUGCAAUAUCCUUGAAGGUAAAGUAGCUAUGGAUGGAGUAAAUGUAUAGUUUCCAAUCAUUCCGAAGAGACCAUCUAUCAGCUCUUCUAGGAAGAGGAGCCAUGACUGAUCCAGGAGAACAAGGAUGAAGUCUGCAAGGAAUCCUUCACUUUCACGGAUUGAGGCAAGGAGGGCAGGCAACGUGCUCAUCGUUGCCAUCGUGAUCAUGUCUCUCUGCAUCCUCUCCCUCAUCAAGGCUCGAUACUGCGCAGCUCCGUUUGCAAAGCCACAGGCUUUGGCAGGAGCAGAAACGAUUUCGAAGAGUGAGGAGGCUGCGAUAACAGAGGAUGAAGAUGAAGAAGAGACCACUGCAAUAGCUCGAGAAAUUGUUGCAGAGAAAGCUGCGAUCGUCUCGCAGGAGCCAAUUUGCUCAAGAACAAGCAAUAGAUCCGUUGUUUGCGAAGCGGAAGGAGAUGUGAGAUUGCAAGGAAGGUUGCAGACCGUCUUCCUGCCCCCUUCCUUGACGGAGAGAGAAUGGAAAAACAAGCCUUACUGCAGAAAACAGAACAACUCUGCGACCAUGAAGCACAUCAAGGAGUGGACUUUGAAGCCGUUCCCCGGCGGAGGACCGCCGCCGGAAUGCACGGUCAACCACAGCGUCCCGGCGCUGGUGUUCUCGCUCGGCGGGUUCACCGGAAACCACUUCCACGACUUCACCGAUGUGCUCGUCCCCCUUUUCAUCUCCGCCUACCGAUUCCGCGGGGAGGUUCAGUUCGUGGUCGCCGACAACCAGGACUGGUGGGUGACCAAGUUCGCCCUGAUUUUUAGGCAGCUCUCCGAUUACGAGAUCAUCGACGCGGACAUCGAAGAGGAAGGAGCGGUUCAUUGCUUCCCGCGGGUGAUCGUGGGGCUGAGCUACCACACGGUGUUCGGCAUUGACCCGGCGAGGACGCCGACGGGGUACUCGAUGGUGGAUUUCAAGGCGAUGCUGAGGAAGGCGUACGGCCUGGAGCGGUCGGCGGCGGCGGCGGCGGACGCCCGGCGGAAGCCGCGGCUGCUGAUCAUCGCGCGGAACAAAACUAGGGUUUUCCUGAACAUGCAGGGGAUGAGGGAUAUGGCGGCGCGGCUAGGGUUCGACGUGCGGGUGACGGAGCCGCACAAGGGCACCAACGUGAGCGACUUCGCGCGGCUGGUGAACUCCGCCGACGUGAUGAUGGGCGUCCACGGCGCCGGACUCGCCAACAUGGUGUUCCUCCCCGACGGCGCCGUGAUGAUCCAGGUAGUGCCGUUCGGGGGGCUGGACUGGCUCGCGAGGGAGACUUUCGGGGACCCGGCGCCGGCGAUGAGGAUCGAGUACUUGGAGUACUACAUCGAAGCGGACGAGAGCACGAUCGGGGAGGAGUACCGGGCGGAUGAUCCGGUGAUCAAGGACCGCUACGGCGUGCACAAGAGGGGGUGGAACGAGAUCAGCCGGAUCUACUUGGAGAACCAGAACGUCCGGCCGCACCUCGGCCGGCUGAGGAACACUCUGUUGGAGGCGCUCAAGCGCCUCCCCAAUGGCCGCCAUGCCAGAGGUUGACCAAGUCAUCGAUUAAUUUAUAGUUUUUUUUUUGUUUCUUUGUUUUGGGAUUGAUCUAAAAUUGAUCGGUACAUUUGACUUUUGGCUUUGCUGUACGAAAAACAAAUCUAAAUUGUCAAGUUUGUGAUUGAACUUUUCUUGUUCAACUAUCACCAAGAAAUUGAUCCAAACAAAAUUCUCAUC